GCGCGCGGGCGGCGGCGCAGAGCGGGCGCCGCGGAGCCGCCGGGAGGUCGCGGGUGUCGCCCCGUCCCCGCCGGGAUGAGCCACCGCCACAGCCACCGCCGCGGCCCGCGGGCCGACAUGGUGCCCGAGAUCGCCGCCGCCGUGGGCUUCGUGUCCGGCCUGCUGCGGACGCGCGGCUGCGUCAGCGAGCAGCAGCUGCAGGUGUUCAGCGGGGCGCUGCGGGAGGCGCUCACAGAGCACUACAGACACCACUGGUUCCCCGAGAAACCCUUCAAAGGCUCCGGCUACCGCUGCAUCCGCAUCAACCACCGGAUGGACCCCAUCAUCAGCAAGGCAGCGGGGCAGAUCGGACUGAGCCUGCCCCGGCUGUACCGGCUGCUGCCCAGCGAGCUCACGCUCUGGGUGGAUCCCUACGAGGUCUCCUACCGCAUCGGCGAGGACGGCUCCAUCUGCGUCCUCUACGAGGCCACGCGGCCCCCCGGCUCCUACGGAGGGAUGCUCACCUGCAAGAACCAGAUGAUGCUGGGCCGUAGUACCAGCCCUUCCAAAAACUACAUCAUGACUGUCUCCAGCUAAAAAAAAACAAAAAAAAACAAAACAAAAAAAAAAAAAAGCCAAAAAAACACAACAAAAAAAAAAAAAAAUCUCCUCCUUGUCCUUACACUGCCAAGACACAGGCUACUGUAAUACCUCAAGCUGAGGAUCUAUUUUUAAGAUGAAGAGCUAUUUAUAUUUUUUAAGAAAAAGGAAAAAAAACCUCCAGAAAAUCCAAAAUUAAAAUAUCGGGCGGCGCCCUGAGCCGAGGCGACGCCCCAGGUGCCUUUUCUAAA